AUGCCAAUAUAUUUAGAUAUAGAAAAGUUGGAUGAAGGUGUUGGCAUACCUGCAACAUUGAUGAAGCGUAGAGCGAAAUGGCAUAAAACGUGUAGAAACAAAUUUAGUGACAUGAAGCUAAAAAGAGCACAAAAAAGGAAAAUUCAAGAUGAUUUGCCAAGUUCUCAAGUAAAGUCUAAAUUCACUAGACAAAGCUCUGGUGUAGCAUCUUCGAUGACUAAAGAAGUAAGCUGUUUUUUCUGCUCCGGUGCCUCAGGUACACUUCAACAAGCGUCCACUUUUAAUGUAGAUGCAAGGGUGCGAGAGUGUGCACAUCAGUUGCAAGAUGAGGUCCUAAUCGCAAAACUAAGUGCCGGCGAUUUGAUCUCUCAGGAAGCCGUGUAUCAUGCAAAGUGCCUGGUGUUGCUCUAUAACAAGGCAGAGAGAUUAAAUCAGAAUCCUGCAAGCAGUGAUGAGAAGGUAAUCCAGGGUAUGGCUCUAGCACAGCUCGUCGCUUAUCUUGAAGAAACUCGUGCAGAGUCCGCGGAUAGCAUUCCCGUGUUUACGCUAGCAGAGCUUACAGCCAUGUACACCCGUUUCCUGAAACACUAUGGUAGCGAUUUGUCGGGUAGAGUACACUCCACUGACCUAAAGGAGAGAAUUUUAGCAAAUGUUCCAGGCUUGCAGGCGCACAAGAAAGGCCGAGACAUAGUGAUGGCAUUCAGUGAAGAUGUUGGCAAAGCCCUCGAACUGACUCGCUUUAGGGAUUUUGAUGAUGAAGCAAUAAUCCUACUUAAAGCAAGCAAGAUCAUUCGUCGAGAUAUAAUAGCCAGGAAGACGCAAUUCAGUGGAACAUUUGAUAAAAAUUCUCAACAAGAAUCAAUUCCACAGUCCCUUAAAACGUUAAUAGGAUUGAUCUUAAAGGCAACAGAUAUCAAAACUCCGUCUAGUCGUGUGAGUGAUGCGCAGCCUACACCAAGUAUAUCACAACUCAUGCUUUUUAAUACCAGCAUACGACGUCGUUCUAGUGAAGCAACUGGUUCAGCUUAUUAUCACUCUCGAGAUCGCGAACCACCACUGCCAAUAUAUCUUGGCCUCAUGACUCACGCAGAAACAAGAAAGAGAACACUGGUCGACAAACUCUAUAGUCUUGGACUGUCAAUUUCGUAUGACAGGGUGCUAGAAUUAUCUACUGACUUGGGCAAUAGUGUUUGUUCGCGGUUUGAGUCUGAAGGGAUUGUUUGCCCGCCCAAGCUUAAUAAAGGAGUAUUACAACAGCUGCCAUGGAUAACAUUGACCAUAACCCUUCAUCUACAACCGCUCAAGGUGCCUUCCAUGGAACAGGAAUAUCUUUAUUCCAACACCCAUCUGAUGAUGCACCAGGUGAAGCGCGGGAUGUAG